AUGGCGCCUUCAGUUCUACAAAAUGGUGGCUUCAUCUUGGGCUUGAUCGGUGCAGCCGCACUCAUUGCAGCCACGGCCAUGAACAACUGGAGUGUGAAGGACAGGCAGACGGAAGUCGUGACAUCUGUUUAUACCUAUAAGGGUCUGUGGCAAGACUGUGAGACGACAUCUGCUGGGCUCACAGAGUGCCGCCCGCUCUACGGCCUCCUGGGCUACUCAGGUUUCUUCCAGGCUGUGCGAGCUCUGAUGAUAGUGGGUGUGGUGCUGAGCGUGCUCGGGGCGGGGAUAUCAAUUUUCUCCCUGAGCUGCCUCACAAUGAACAAGAUGCAAGACACCGCAAAGGCCAAGAUGAGCCUCACUGCUGGCAUCAUGUUCAUCAUCGCAGGUGUGUGCGGCAUUGCAGGAGCUUCCAUGUAUGCCAAUCAAAUUGUGGCCAGUUUCAAGAUGUCCACCUACUCCAACUACGGAGGAGGAAUGAUGGCAGGGGGGAUGGGCAUGGGAAUGGGUGGAGGAAUGGGAGAAGGAAUGCCCACUUACACAUUCGGCCCGGCACUGUUUGUGGCCUGGAUCGGAGGGGGCGUUCUGCUCAUUGGUGGCAUCCUGAAGUCUCUGGCUUUCAGGGAGAUGGUGAAGGAUGAGAAACCACGUUACCCAGGGGUUGCUUACAAACCUCAGUCCAACAACAAAACUGAGCUGAUGGAUUACCAUUCAGAGGGAGGCAAGAAAAACCAGAAUUAUGUGUAA